GUACUUUGUGCUGGACUUUGAGACGGGGAUUCUGCAAUAUUUCGUGAACGAACAAAGUAAAAGCCAGAAGCCACGAGGAGCCUUGUCUUUAGCGGGAGCUAUAAUCUCGCCCAGCGACGAGGCGCCGCACAUGCUGGUGGUCUACUCUGCCAACGGAGAGAUGUACAAGCUGAGAGCUGCUGAUGCCAAGGAGAAACAGUACUGGAUAACUCAGCUUCGAUCCUGUGCCAAACAUCACACGGAAGGUAAUUCGAAGAGCAUUUCAUCCUCACGAAGUAGAAGCUCAUCUCUUCUGCCACCAGGGACGGUUAACUCUGCAUCGCCUAGUGGCCAGAAACACGUGAAUCAAAGUGGGCCAACUGUUGUUACCAUCACGCAUCACAAAUCCCCUGCAGCUGCCCGAAGAGUUAAGAGCCAGCGAUCUGGUCAGCUCCAUGAAGUCAGAGAGAUCAUGAGCCAAGUAGAGGGACAACAGAAGAACCUUGUACAAGCCAUUGAAGCUCUUCCAAGUUCUGGGCCCCUUUCUGCCUUGGAUCAGGACUUGCUGCUUUUAAAAGCUACCUCUGCUGCCACCCUGAGCUGCCUUGGAGAAUGCCUGACUCUACUACAGCAGAGCAUGCAUCAAGUGGGCCAGCACCAUAGCAGGUCGUUGUCAUCAGAAGGUAUCCUGGGAUGGCCUGGCCCCAAGUCACAUUCCACAGAGCAGCUGAAAAAUGGUGCUCUCAGCUCCUUGUCAUCUGCCAGCACAAGCAUUACGUGGGCGAUAGUGCCGUCGGCGGCCCAAGACGGACAGACGCUGCAGCCAAGCACUGAGCCCCAUUCAUCUUCUGAGUUGAUCCUAGUAGAAGAUGAAAUGACAGAUACUGAAGAUAAUGAAGAGGAGGAUUUAGGAGUCAUGGAUGAUCAACGUAGUGUAAUUCUCCAUCUCAUCUCUCAGCUCAAACUUGGCAUGGACCUUACCAGGGUAGUGCUUCCAACCUUUAUUUUGGAGAAAAGAUCCCUGCUGGAGAUGUAUGCAAAUUUCAUGGCCCAUCCAGACCUGUUUUUGUCAAUUGCAGCUGGAGCCACGGCGGAGGACAGAAUUAUCGCCUUCGUGGAGUAUUAUCUCACGGCUUUCCACGAAGGCCGCAAGGGAGCCGUGGCCAAGAAGCCCUAUAACCCUAUAAUUGGCGAAACCUUUCAUUGCUCGUGGGACGUGCCUGCGGACAGAGUGAAACCCUGCCGAAGCCACGGCGCCUCCGCGCCGGCCAGGGAGCCGGGCCCGGAGCCGCCCGCGGGCUACAAGCUGAGCUUUGUGGCCGAGCAAGUGUCCCACCACCCGCCGGUCUCUUGCUUUUACUGCGAGUGCAGGGAGAAGAGGAUGUGCGUCAACGCUCACGUGUGGACCAAGAGCAAGUUCAUGGGCAUGUCGAUAGGCGUUUCUAUGGUAGGUGAAGGUGUCCUUCACUUGCUGGAGCACGAGGAAGAGUAUGUUUUCACACUGCCUAGUGCCUAUGCUCGCUCCAUACUCACCAUCCCCUGGGUGGAGCUCGGAGGCAAAGUCAGCAUCAACUGUGCCAGGACCGGCUACUCCGCUACGGUCACCUUCCACACCAAGCCCUUCUACGGAGGAAAGGUCCACAGGGUGACAGCUGAAGUGAAGCAUAAUCCCACUAACACCAUCGUGUGCAAGGCCCAGGGAGAGUGGAAUGGUACGCUGGAAUUCACUUACAGCAACGGAGAAACCAAAGUGAUUGACACGACCAAGCUACCUGUUACCAGGAAGAAGAUUAGACCAAUAGCCAAACAAGGUCCACUGGAAUCGAGGCGCCUCUGGCAACACGUCACGAAUUCUCUGAAGGAAGGAAACAUCGACGCGGCCACAGAGCACAAGCACCGCCUGGAAGAGAGACAGCGGGCAGAGGAGAGGCAGCGCGCGGCUCUGACAACUCCCUGGAAACCAAAAUAUUUUGCCAAAGAGGGCGACAGCUGGCUGUACUUGAGUCCUCUCUGGAAGACCCAUUGAUAAGAGAGCUGUUGUCUCACAACAUUUACCUUAAAGGCAUUAAAAUGAUACAGUAUAUAACUUUAAGAAGUCCUGUUAUCAGAAGAUAGAAAUGAGAGGCUAUAUACUGUGAAUGAUGCAUCUCAAAAUAACCACGAGCUCAAGUUUAUUCAGGAGCCAUUCUGUGUGUAUGUACAGACACACGCACACACAAACACACACACAC